CGCGGGCAGGUAAGACCUCUAGUUUUGAAGAUGCCUCUCUUUGGGAAAAUUGUUGUUAUUAAACGGAAUGGGGCGGAUGGAAUUCACUUUCCGCUCACUGCAAGUUCUUGUUUAUUUGGGAGAAAAACAGAGUGCGACAUCCGUAUCCAGCUGCCUCAGGUUUCCAAAGAACAUUGUAAAAUAGAAGUAAAUGAGAACAAGGAGGCAAUAUUGACUAAUUUGAGUAAUGUAAAUCCAACACAGUUGAAUAGUAGCAGUUUUCAGCAACCUGUACAUCUGAAGCAUGGCGAUAUAUUAACUAUAGUUGAUCGUUCUUUUAGGUUUGAAUAUCCUCCUCAGUCUACUCCAAGAAAGAGAUGUUCUAGGUCUCCAAAAAGUGAAACCCUGCAGGUUCUUCAUGUUCAGCAGGUGGCAGAAGUGGAAUCAUUACUUACAGAGACUGCAAGAUCUAAAGGUCCUCAUGGUUCUGAUGACAGUGAGUGUGAAGGCCAAAAUGCUGGUGAGAAUAAGCAAAACACUGAGGAAAAUAUUACCAGACCUAAAUCAGCCAAGAAAGCUGCAACACCCAAGUCUGCAUGCAGAACACCCAAGUCUAUCAAAAAAGAAAAUAAGAUGUCUCCUUUUAGCCAAAUUUAUGAAUAUCUGAAGCAUGAGAAUGAAAUUAACAAAAGUCAGUCAGAAGACAACAUACAACAGCAAACACGUAUAUCAAGAUGUCUACCUGGUCAAGGGAGCCAGAUUAAGAUGGACGCAAUCGUUAGGGAAGAUGCUAAAGAGUGUAAAGUUAAACAAAACAUACAUGGCUUGGAACAUAAUCAGUUUACUACUGAACAAAAUGGUUUGGAGAAGAGAUUUUCUGGAAAUCAUCGAACUGUUGAUUCAAAUCAGAAACCAAUAGAUUUAGAAGAAAAAAAUGACUUGCCUUUGCAGGACUCUGCUGAAACCUAUGAACAAAAUGUAUCAAGAAAAUCUGAAGUGACUAAGUGUAUCGCAAUUAAAUUAAAGAGAGUGAGUGACCAAAAAACAGCAUUUUCUCCUAAGUCAUGUACUAUAGAAUCCUUGGGAGACAUUGCUCAAGUACUCCCCCUUGGAACACCAAUAAAGCACUCAACAGAGGCAGCUAAUGAAGAUAGCUUGACAAGCAUUUCUGAAACCACUGAAUACUCUGCAUCUACACCAAGGUCUAGAAGGAAGGGUCGUCGGUCUCAUUCAAGCUCAUCUACAAGAGAAACCAAUGAAACAAGUUCUAUAAGUACAGACACAUCACUAACUGGACAAGACUUCUUGUUAAUGCUUAAGCAAUCAACAGAAAUUCAAUCUGAAAUUCAAAAGGAGGGUGUAGUGAGCAAAAGUGAUGGAAAUGAACUGUGUGUUUUGGCAGAAAUUAAUAAAAAUUCUAAACAAAAGAGAAAUUGUAAACUGCUUACACCAAUAAAAUCUUCAAGUGCAGAAGAAGUGGUGAAAGAAAUUCAUGAUGAGACUUAUUUUGCCUCAAAAGGGAGAGAUUCUGAAAUUCAUACUCCUUCUCCUGGGAAGAGUAGUUUCCAAAGCACCAGAAGGAGUGGUAGUCAAAAUAAGGAAUUGCGAAGUAAAAGUCUGCAUUCAGAAAUGCUUUCUCCAGAAAAGGUAGCAACAAAGGAUGCAUCUCCUACCAUCUGUAAAUCUCAUUCUGGGACUCGAAGAGGUAGACCAAGGACCUCUGGACAGCAGAUCGAAAAGGCACUGGAGAGGGAUUCGUUUCAAGAACAUGACAGGAGUGUAGACAGCAACAAAGAGGAAUUGGCUGCAAAGAGUUGCCAACAGAAAUUAGAUUUGGAAGAUGCUUCUAUUAUGCCAAGAUGUCAUACACUGUCAUCAAAAAGAUGCUCUGAAAGUAUUGUUUUGAAAGAUGAUGAGAUUGUUUCUGAAAUGAGUGCUUGUGAUCUGUCUGCUAAAAUAGAAAAGUCAGGUGAAUUGAAGAGGUCACUGCAAAAACGAAAAAGUGGUAACAGCGAUUUGUCACUUCAGCCCCUUGGGAAAAGGAAGAGAGUGUCUUUUGGUGGUCAUCUGAGUCCUGAACUUUUUGAUAAGAGUUUGCCUCCUAAUUCACCCCUCAAAAGAGGUGCAAUUCCAGCAAGACUUAGCUUACCAUUUGGAAAUUCACCUCGUGCAGUUCUGAAGAAGGCUCAGGGGUUCAAACGUUGUGUAAUCAAGGAACUUUCUGAGCAUUUGCAGAAAAAGAAAUUGUCACCAAAACGGCCGCCUGCCCGGAGGUCCCCGGCUGCCUCGCCGCCUGCCCGGAGGUCCCCGGCUGCCUCGCCUGUCCUUGAAAAUACAUCAUCUAAACUUUCUGCAAGUACCCCUUCAAAUACAUCUUUUACAAGAGGGCGCUUCUCAGUUUCUCACAUCAGCACACCAUCUCCAACUUCAGAGGAGCAGGGUUCUAUUGAAGAAAAAAUUAAUGCAAAUACAAGAGAUUUUACUCCUGCCAACACACUUGAAUCUUUUCAUGUUAAACAGGAUCAUCAGAUUUCUGUACCCACUACACCUAAACAGGUAACAAGGCGAAGUGCAAGAUUUACUGCAAAGAGAACUCCUGGGAAGAGGAGGAGUGGUGCUGUGGCAGCUGUUCAUGCUAAACGAAGGAGUGGUGCUUCUGAUGCCAAUUUGCUAGUUGCAAAAUCCUGGGCAGAGGUGGUGAAGCUGGGUGUUGCAAGACCACAAGUGAGAACUGCAAAAAAAUAUGUUCAAAAAGGAAGAAGAGUGAAGAAAUUAAAGUUGCCAAAGACACCAGAAAGAAAAGUAAAAGGACAUUUUAGUACAGGUCAUGCAGAUUCUCCUGCUACAAUAAUGAUAGGAAGAGCUCAUACCACCACAGUGAAAAUGGACUAUGGACAAGCCCCAAAAGUGGUGAAAAACUCUGCUUUGAAACUCUGCAUGGAUAUAAAUGAAAGUUUCACAGGGAUGCCUGAGAUGUUUAAAACUCCAGUAAAUAGGGAUCAAAAAAGUCCAUCUCUGACAUCUGGCCAGAAGACUGACCUUUCACCAAUGUAUACUGCAAUGGAAGUCUCCGAGCUACUCACUCCAGAAGAAUCUGGAGAAAUGGCAGUAUCACCCUUAAAUAUUUCAAGUAGUGCAAAACAAAAACAAGUUAAUCAGGAAGUUGUAUCUCAUUUCCUGAAAAGAGAAAAGUCUUCAGAUUCUAAUAAAGACAAAGCAAUAAUGAAAAAGAAAAUGGGAACGAAGCCAUUAAUAAUAGCAGAAAAUAAAAUAAAUGAGGUGACAUUAGGAGCUAGAAGUCGAAUGAAUACCCCAAAGCAAGAGACAGAACCUCUUGAAACCUUGUCAGGUGCCAAGCAGUGUAUGAAGACCCCAGAGGAAAAGAUGGAGCCAGUUGAGACCUUAGCAGGUGUCAAGCGGUCCUUGAGGACCCCAGAGCAAAAGGCAGAACCCGUUGAAGCCUUGUCGGGAGUCAAGCGCCUUAUGCGGACCCCAAAACAAAAGACCCAGCCCGUUGAUGCCCUGUCGGGAGUCAAGCGCCUUAUGCGGACCCCAAAGCAAAAGACCCAGCCCGUUGAUGCCCUGUCGGCAGUCAAGCGCCUUAUGCGGACCCCAAAGCAAAAGACCCAGCCCGUUGAUGCCCUGUCGGGAGUCAAGCGCCUUAUGCGGACCCCAAAGCAAAAGACCCAGCCCGUUGAUGCCCUGUCGGCAGUCAAGCGCCUUAUGCGGACCCCAAAGCAAAAGACCCAGCCCGUUGAUGCCCUGUCGGCAGUCAAGCGCCUUAUGCGGACCCCAAAGCAAAAGACCCAGCCCGUUGAUGCCCUGUCGGCAGUCAAGCGCCUUAUGCGGACCCCAAAGCAAAAGACCCAGCCCGUUGAUGCCCUCUCGGCAGUCAAGCGCCUUAUGCGGACCCCAAAGCAAAAGACCCAGCCCGUUGAUGCCCUCUCGGCAGUCAAGCGCCUUAUGCGGACCCCAAAGCAAAAGACCCAGCCCGUUGAUGCCCUCUCGGCAGUCAAGCGCCUUAUGCGGACCCCAAAGCAAAAGACCCAGCCCGUUGAUGCCCUCUCGGCAGUCAAGCGCCUUAUGCGGACCCCAAAGCAAAAGACCCAGCCCGUUGAUGCCCUCUCGGCAGUCAAGCGCCUUAUGCGGACCCCAAAGCAAAAGACCCAGCCCGUUGAUGCCCUCUCGGCAGUCAAGCGCCUUAUGCGGACCCCAAAGCAAAAGACCCAGCCCGUUGAUGCCCUCUCGGCAGUCAAGCGCCUUAUGCGGACCCCAAAGCAAAAGACCCAGCCCGUUGAUGCCCUCUCGGCAGUCAAGCGCCUUAUGCGGACCCCAAAGCAGAAGAUGGAACCUGUUGUAGAUGAUAUUGCUUAUAAAAGAUUGUUUGAAACUCCAGAAGAAAGAAAGCAAGUAGGUAACAACAUUUGUGGAGUCUCAGUUACCAAGGCAACAGCAAAAGUAAAAUACCAACCAGUAGAAGAUAUGAAGGGAAUCGGCUGUAUGAUGAAGACACCAAAGGAAAUUGUCAGACCAAUAGAAGAUAUGUUUGGUAUCAGUAGACUACUGAGGACACCAAGAGAAAAGUAUUUACCAGUUGAUGACUUUGUGGGAUUGCAAAAGCUUUUGGCAGAGCCUAAACAAAAACGUUCAGAUUCUGAACUGGACUAUGUUGGUGUUAAGGAAAUGUUUGAUGUUCCUGAGGAAAAGGUCCAAUCAACAGAAGUUAUGGAUCUGUCACAAAAAAAAGUGUUUCCCUGUACUGAUUCAAGAAAUGAACAUGGAGAAGAGAAAUCCUCACUCUGUAACAGCAGUGAAAAACUGAUUCUAUCACUUAGAAAGAGGACUGGAGGACAGGAAAACUUAGAAAUGCUAGACUCCAUAGUUCCAACUAAAAGAAACAGAAGAGUUAAAACCGAACAUAACAAACAGUGCUCUACAAAUGAGCUUUGUUCAAAAGAAAGAUCCCAAAGACCAAGAAGGAACACUCGUAGAGCAGAAACAGCAAAAUGUACACAAAAGGAUGAAGAUGAUUUUACCAAGAAUCUCACUGAAGCUGUUCCAAUGGCAGAAUUGGAAAACAAAAAAGCAAAAAUUAAAGUGACUGAGAAAAAAGGGAAAGCUUUAAAAGGAAACUCCAGAAAACAGUUGGCUGAAACAGAAGUUGUGAAAAUGGAUUCUGACAGUGUAGGAAAUAUCCAAGAAGUCAAAAGAAUUUCAAAUGAAACUGCAGUUAAAACACAAGCACCUCUGGAAGAAACUGAAGCAGGAAAUAAGGAUGUAGGAACAGAUCAAAGUUGCAAGUCAAAUUACUUACUUUCUGAAAAUGCGAAUGAAGUGCCUCUUAAUGUUUACAACUUGCAAGCAAAUACAAAUCCAGUAAAAGAAAGUAAUCCAAGAUGUAGAAAUAACAGAGGUAUAAAAGGUGUAAUUGUGUGUAAGGAAAAUGAAUUUUCAAAAAAUGUAAAAGGUAAAGAAGCAAAUCAGACAAAAGAUUGUAGUUCAAAAAAUAUAAGUGAUCAAGAUUUCAUAAUAGCUCAAACCCCUGACACCUACAGUCUUGAUUCUCUUAGUGACAGUAGGAAACAACAACACGCUGCUCAGGUUGCUUUCAGUGGAACAAAUUCUUUAAAUGAGUCGCAAUGUGGAUUUGAGAGAGAAAUAAGCAGUGAAGAAAUAAUACCUCAAAUGAAAUCAGACAUUGAAUCCCAGAAAACUGCUACCAAAAAAUCUUCAGGAACAAAGAAAAUUUCCAAAACCAAGAAAGAUCAGAAGGAUUCAACUACAGCGGUAGUUCAAAUUGUUAAAGAGGAGAGUGCUGUUCUUAGACGUAGAAGUACAAGGGGAAGUAAUAAGGAACAAGAAGCACCCAAAACAAAUCACAAUGAAAUGCUGGAAAAUAAUCCAACAGAAAGCAAAGAAAAUAUAUUGAGAAGAGGGAAAGGGAAAAAAGUUCAGUUUCAAGUUAAGGAAUCUAGCUCCAUUUCUCUCAGAGGAAAACAUGCUGUACCUGAAGAUGACAAUAAAGAAGCAAAUCAUGAAGAUGGUCAAAAUGAGACAUCAAAAAAAAUACCUGCCCAAGCAAAUGGAAGAAGGGGCCGAAGGAAACAAGUUGACCUUGUGCUACAGACAGCUACUUCCUCUUCUGUUACAGGAAAAAGCAUAUUGCUUGAAGACCCUAGCAAAGAUGAGACUGCCACUUCCUCUAUUAAACAGAAUUCCUUGAGAAGCUGGAAAAAGGAAGUUGUUUUCACAUCACAGAUGGCUAAUUCCACUUCUCUUAGAAGAAAACAUGAUUUGUCAGAAGGUAACGAUAAAGAGGAGACUCUUCAGAAAGAUCAAAAUGUGGUUUUGGAAAAUACUGCUUCCCAAACAAAAGUUAGUGCAUCAACAAGAGGCAGAAGAAAAAAGGCUCAUUUCACACAGCAGGCAACAAGUUCCUUUUCUCUCAGGGGAAAACGUGGCUUGACAAAAAGUGAUGAUAAAAAUGAGAUUGCUAAUGAAGGCCAUGGUGCAGGUUUGGAAAUGAGUGCUGCUUCUACAGAAGAAAUUCCAUCAAGAAGGGGAAGAAGGAAAAACGUUGCUUUAGUGUCACAAGAAGCAAGGUCCACUUUGCUACAGACAAAAUGUGUUUUGCCUACAAAUGGUGUUAAUGAGGAGAUUCUUAAAGAAGAUCAAAACACAGCUUUGGAAAAUACUACUGCCCAAACAAGAGCUAACUCAGCAAGAAGGGAGAGAAUAAAAAAAUCUGAUUUCACACAACAGGUAGCAAGUUCCCCUUCAGUCAGGGGAAAAUGUGGCUUGGAGAGAAAUGGUGUUGACACUAGUGAAGAUCAAAAUGUGGCUUUGGAAAUUGUUCCCUCUGCAAGAGAGAAUCUGUCAAGACGGGGCAGAAGGAAAAAUGCUGUUAUCUUAGCAGAGACAAAUAAUUUUACUUCCCAAGGAGGGAAAUAUGACUUACUAACAGAUAAUGUUACAGAAAAGGUUCCUGUGGAAGAUCAAAAUAAGGUUUUGGAGAAUACAUCUGAGGCAAAAGCUAGUGCAUCAGCAAGGGGUAGAAGAAGAAAGGCAGAUCUAGUAGAACAGGCUACAAGUUCCCUUUCGCACAGGGGAAAACGUGGCUUGCCAAAAAAUGAUGGUAAAGAGGAGAUUAAUGACAAUCAAAAUAUCGUUUUGGAAACUGUACCCUUUUCAAGCGAGAUUCCACCUAGAAGGGGAAGAAGGAAAGGGGUUGUACCCUUGUCACAGGCAACCAGUUCUACUUCUCAAAGGGAAAAAUGCAGCUUGUCAGAAAGCAAUGAUCAAGAAGAUACUCAUAAAGAAGAUAAAAAUGUGGCUUUGGAAAAUGCAACACCCCCUGAAAAAUCUAACCCGUUAAAAAAGAAGGGAAAGAAAAAGAUGGAUCUCCUGUCACCAGCAGCUGGUUCCACUGUUUCCCACAAUCAAUUCAGUCGGCCAGAAAAUGAUGGCAAGAGGGAGACUCCUAAAGGAGAUCAAAAUAUGCCUUUGGAAAUUACAUCCUCUGCAAAAGGGAAGUCAUCUGGAAGGGGCAGAAAGAAAAAGACAGAUGCUUCUACUUCUCUUAGGAAAACUUAUGACUUGCCAAAAGACUCUGGUCAAGAGGAGACUCUUAAAGAAGACAAAAAUGUGGCUUUGGAAAAUGCACUCUCCCACGGAAAACCUGAUCCGUCAAGAAGGAAAAGAAACAAAAAGAUUGAAGUCAUAUCACAGGCAGAUAAUUCCCCUUUGUUCCAAGAUAAAACCAGAUUGCCAGAAGAUGAUAUUAAAGAGGUAGUUCAUACAGAAGAUCAGAAUGUAGGUCUUGAGCAUACUACUCCUGCAAAAGAGAUUAUAUUAAGAAAGGGCAAAAAGAAGCAGAUUAUUCUUCCAUCCCAGGCAACUAGUUCUGCUCCUCUUGGGAGAAAACGACACUUGCCAGAAGAUGAAAGGGCAGCCAAAAAAGUAAAAUCAGGAGAGAGCGGCGAAAGCAGAACUUUGCUGAGAGGAAGAAGAAACAAAACUCAAGAAGGAAAUGACAAAGAAGAUGUAAGCCUGUUUCAGACUGGAAUAGAGAGGAGAACAAGAGCAAGUACAAGAACAAGAAAGUAGCCUUAUUUAGCAGUAGGAGAGCAACUUCUGAAAUAUGUUGAGGAUUUGAUUUUGCAAUUUUUUAUGUAAAUGGAUGUACAUUUGGAUUUUAAAGCAAUUGGUGAAUUUUCAUAUAACGGAGAUGCAUAUUUUAACCUGCUUUAUGUAUAUCAUUUAGUUCUUUUAGUCUCAUAGUUUGACAAGAAAUGGCAUCCAAACCCUGAGAGAGAACCACAGAAGAAAGAAAAAUGCCAUACACAACUCCUUGAAUUUGUUGGCCACACGUUUCUUUUUUCUCUGCUCAUUAAAGCAGUCUGGCAGCUAUAUUAUCUUGUAUCUGUCCAUGGACAGCACUUGUCUAGUUAAAUUUUAGUUGAGCUUUAUUUUUUCAGGGAAGUUUUGUAAAUAUUCUUUAAAAAAAGUCUACGGGUUUUUAUUGGCAAAACGUUUAUGUGGGGAUUAUGAUUUUAAUAGCUUCAGUUGAUUGUACUGCAGAAAAUGCAGAUGUUAAAGUCAUUAAAUUUUGUAAAUGUUCAUUAGA